CUGGUAAAGUACCAUUCGGUUGUGCCCAGCUAGAAUAUGAUUUCUUUCUCGUUCGACGCAGAGAUGUAUUAGAAACUUAGGUGAUGCUGGAUCAGCGUUUUUAUAAAGAAAACGCCAAAACUUAGGCAGAUUAGAAUUCUUCUCGAACAGAGUGUGUUGUCAAUAAAGAAAUCGUGGCAUUAGUGGAUGUUAUGGCGAGAAAAGAAAAGUCGCAUAAAAAUAUGUCGAAAAACAACCACGAAGUGGAAACCACCGUGUACCAUCACGGUGCCGGUGUACGGGAAGUUGUGCCGGUUACUGUUGUAUCCGAAUCGGAUUAUUCGCCGGUUAAAGGGCACAAAUGUCUAGCAGCAUUGGGCGUACUGGAAGUAUUGCUGGGAUUAUGUAUUAUUGCUUUGGAAGCGGCAUGCGUCGGGCUCGAUUACUUUCUGGAAAAGAGCGCUGUCGGUAUCUACGUCGGAUGUUUUACAUUUAUCACCGGCCUCAUCACCCUGGCCGCCAGUCGGUCGAAUUCGACGAAAGGCAUGGGAAGGUGCUGUUUCCUCAUUGCCGUAGUUUUCUCCCUGUUCUGCGCCCUCAAGGCCUUCAUCAUGUUCUGCGCAUCGGCCGCCAUGCUGGCCAUUGUCCUUACUUGGUAUUAUAACUACCGCAACGGCGGCACUUUGAACAAUACAUCCUUUAAUUUCCUCCCCACAAAUCCCUUCUUUAACAACUGGCUGAGUCCCAACUACUAUCUGUCAUCGGGACGGUAUGGAAAUAAUCCACAGGUAUGGCGCGAGAUGAUCGGUCUGGAAGCGACGGUGAUGACCUUAUACUUCAUACUGUUUAUGCUGGCCAUUAUUGCCACCGGCUUCAGUUGCUGGAAUUGUUGUGCACAGCGCAAAGAACGCCAGAUGAUUAUGACUGUGUAUCCGGACCGGCAGCGCGUUGUUCAGCAAAAGGUGUAGAUUGCCUUGUGAAUCAUUUCCGCUCGUAAAUUUCCUGUGCGUAUGGUACAAAUCGUCUGUGCGUUUGUAGGCCGUAACAGUGCGAUGUAAACGAUGUUUUAUGAAGGAUUGUUGUAGGUGUACGUCGACUUAUCAAAUUUGUUUUCUUUCUACUUUAUUUUCUCAGUCAACUAUAAUGUUAGCUUUGGUCCAUAUCUUUUUAUUUGGCAUGUCGGAUGCAACAGGUCAUUGCUACUAACAAAUAAAAUUACAUAAAAAUUUGACAAUAAAUUUAUUUGAUACAUUAAUUUUCGAAUCGAUGUCUAUACGAGCGAAUUAAUUUGCUUUAAUACGGGUGCUUUAUA